CCCCUGCUUGCCGCCCCCGGCCGGGGAGCCGCUCGGAGGCGCGGGGCUGGGGCGGCCGGCCGCUGCUCGCGGGCCCCGAGGACCGGCCGGGAAAGAAGGGGGACGCGAGGACACUCUCCGCCGCCGCGGCGCGCGCGCACUGCACACUCGCCGCCGCGCGCCCCCGCCGAGCGCGUCCCGGCCGAGUUCGGCCCCGCGCCCGGAGCCCCGGCACCUGCCCGCCCGCCCGCCGCGCUCCGCCCCGGCCCGGCUCCACCCCGCCCCGCCGACCCUCCCGCCCCGCGCCGGCUCUGCGCUCACGGCGCCUGGGAGCCACCACAGCCCGACAACUUGCAGACGGUGGCGCAACUGGUCUCGGCGCCCCGAGGCUGCCCGGGGUGAGGUUUGAAGAAUCUACGUGUAUUUCAUGGUAUGCAGUGGGAAGAGGUGAUUAAGGUACCAGCCUCUGAAGCCAAACUCCUAAACUCCCAAUUCUUCCACCAUUGAACUGGUUUUAUCACCUCAGGAAGCUGGGAAGGAAAACAGUCUCAACAAUGCAUAGGCCACCAGUCACGACCAGCUACAGAUGACUUGCCAUUUUGUUUACAAAGAUGUCGGCUGCUGCUGAAAGUGGAGAUGUAGCACCUGGAAAACAAAAUGAAGAAAAAACCUAUAAGAAGACUGCAUCAUCUGCUAUCAAAGGUGCUAUUCAGCUGGGAAUAGGAUACACAGUGGGUAAUCUCACUUCCAAGCCAGAUCGAGAUGUUCUUAUGCAAGACUUUUAUGUGGUGGAAAGUGUGUUCCUACCCAGUGAAGGGAGCAAUUUGACCCCAGCCCAUCACUACCCAGACUUCAGAUUCAAGACAUAUGCUCCACUAGCAUUUCGAUAUUUCAGAGAACUUUUUGGGAUCAAGCCUGAUGAUUACUUGUAUUCCAUCUGUAGUGAACCUCUAAUAGAACUAUCCAAUCCUGGAGCCAGUGGAUCCAUAUUUUUUGUGACCAGUGAUGAUGAAUUUAUCAUCAAAACAGUUCAGCAUAAAGAAGCUGAGUUCCUUCAGAAACUACUGCCAGGCUAUUACAUGAACUUAAACCAGAAUCCAAGGACUCUUUUGCCAAAAUUCUAUGGACUGUAUUGCAUGCAAUCAGGAGGCAUUAAUAUUCGAAUUGUGGUGAUGAACAAUGUCUUACCGCGCUCCAUGAGAAUGCACUCUACAUAUGACUUGAAAGGCUCCACCUAUAAGCGUAGAGCUUCACGAAAAGAGAGAGAGAAAUCCAACCCUACAUUUAAGGACUUAGAUUUCCUGCAAGACAUGCAUGAAGGGUUGUAUUUUGAUACGGAAACUUACAACGCACUCAUGAAAACGCUUCAACGUGAUUGCCGGGUGUUGGAAAGUUUUAAGAUCAUGGACUAUAGCCUUUUGCUGGGAAUCCACAUCUUGGACCAUUCCCAGAAAGACAAGGAAGAGGAGAGCUCUCAAAACGUACCUGAUGCCAAGCGGCCUGGGGUGCAGAAGGUCCUUUAUUCCACAGCAAUGGAGUCCAUUCAGGGUCCAGGGAAAUCUGGAGAUGGGAGCAUUACAGAGAACCAAGACACAAUGGGAGGCAUUCCAGCUAAAAGCCAUAGAGGAGAAAAAUUACUUUUAUUUAUGGGUAUUAUUGAUAUUCUGCAGUCCUAUAGGUUAAUGAAGAGGUUAGAGCAUUCCUGGAAAGCUCUUGUUUAUGAUGGGGACACUGUUUCAGUUCAUAGACCAAGCUUUUAUGCAGAUAGAUUUCUAAAGUUUAUGAAUUCCAGAGUUUUUAAGAAAAUUCAAGCCUUGAAGGCCUCACCCUCUAAGAAACGGUGCAACUCCAUCGCCGCCCUGAAGGCAACCUCACAAGAGAUUGUGUCCUCCGUUAGCCAGGAAUGGAAGGAUGAGAAGCGAGAUUUGCUCACUGAAGGACAGAGUUUCAGCAGCCUCGAUGAAGAAGCUCUCGGCUCCCGGCACAGACCUGACCUGGUGCCCAGCACACCGUCAUUAUUUGAAGCUGCAUCCUUGGCAACCACAAUUUCAUCUUCUUCCUUAUAUGUCAACGAGCAUUGCCCUCACGACAGGACGACGCUUUAUUCAAACAGUAAAGGGUUACCUUCCAGUUCAACGUUUACCUUGGAAGAGGGGACCAUCUACUUGACGUCUGAGCCAAACGCUCUGGAAAUGCAGGAUGACAAUGCAUCUGUGCUUGAUGUCUACUUAUAAGUGGUGACGCCCUAUGCAGAUGGAUGAGAGCAGAGCACAGUUGUGGGAGAAGUUUCUCAACCUCGGAACUUCUCAAAGGAAUUGAAUGAGCCCCACUACACCGAGAGUAACAAGCAACUGGACUUGGUUGUUGGUGCGUUGUCAGAGGACACGUGAUCCCUAGGCUCCUCGAACAGAGGUGAUGUGAAGACCACACACAAAUCUGCCACAUGCUGUUGCUUGCUGACCUGCGAAGAACCGCAUGAACUGUGUGAAGCUGCUUUCUUCUCCAUUGCCAAUCACCUUUUUUGGACUUGGAAGUGCUAUUGGCCUUUUGCCCCUUGCAUUGUUUCAUUUUGCAUGCCUCCAGUGAUUAUACAUGAAGAACAUAAUGGAAUCUGCUUAUUUUUUUAAAUCCAUCCCUGCAGAAUGGUAAAGUAGAAUUUCUGCUCUCUUUUGCAAAUGUAGAAUCAUUGUUCAUGUCAUUAAAAGCUUAAAUUGGUUUCUGAUAAAGAUCAGCGAAAUAGGUCGGCAGAUACUUUAUAGAAAAACUAGCUUCUAUAAAGAUUUUUUCACUGUUUAUUAGUGAAAUGAGAAAAGCUAAGCUAUUUAUAAAAGGCCUUAUGUUGUGUAUAUACGUUGUCUUUGAAAUACUUGUGAUUAGUUUGUUGCUUGUAAAAGAGAAAUUAUAUAAUUUAUUUAGUAAAUACUAUUGUAAACUAUAGUUUUAUUGAAAGAAAUAAAAUAUUUUGUUCUCAAUUGUUGUGGUA